ACGCCAGACAGUUGGGCAGGACCAAUGGUCCGGUCCACGCGAUCCAGCCGAGUACCUGACAGUUUUGAUCUACAAGGGAACCAUAGCUAAAACUUUGAUGAGAAAUGCCAUCUCGUGCCAUUUGAAAAAUGAAUAUUUUGAACGCGUGAUUACGAUGCGAAAGUCAGUGCAGGAACUCGUCUCUAACCCUGAUCAAAACGAUUUCCGUAAAACUCCAGUUGACUUCUCGAAGCUGUUUCGGCCAGGGCGACUUCUGAACGCCCUCCGACAAGUGACGGCAAAGGGGAUCCUCCUACAAGGAGCGCUAUUCGAUGGCCAACUUCGUGACACCGUGGUCAGUACUCCACCAGUCACCACCGCUCCGCAGCUAACACUUGGUUGGACGAAAAUCGGAUCUCCAACACAAUACAAGGAGAGCGAGUCUGUGGCUGUACCGCUUUACACUGACGUUACACGCAGUGAAUACAUCGCUACCGUAGCGAUGCCAUUCGAUGUGACAACGGUCGAGGAUCCCUCGGAACGUGGGGAUCCCUUUGCCUAUUUGAAAGGAGGUCGUAGAGAGAACUGCGGGUC